AUGCCGCACGCUAUCCCAGCCACUUCUUUAGUGUAUCACGAUGCCACUUGGGGCAAGCAAGACUGGAGCGCUUGGAAUUCUGCCACCGCUCACACAACAUCCUUUCAUCGCGCACAAGAGCUCACCGAAGAGCUCAACCGCGAAACGUUUCCGUUCGGCUUGUUCGCACGAGCGAACGACAUCAUCUCUCACUGUGCUUUCUCGGGUCAUCAGCUUCCAUCGUCUCUCACCGGUGGCGCAGAGAUCAAUAUCCGACCUGUGUGGCCUCCCCACGCGACGAAACAGCGGCCAAUCGCAUCUCCUGAAGAGACUGCGAGAAUCCAUGGAAAAAUCGCUGAUAUUAUGGCUGGAUGUAUAGAACUGACUCGCGCAAACGCUGUCAAGGUUGCGGAGAGCGUGCUCGAGCUACCGGCGCUUGUUGAGGAUGGCUUGCAGGAUAGACAGUCGUUGUGGAAGGAUAUACUUGUGCACCUUGUUCUUCGCUUUGCUAUAUUUCAAUCGAAAAUGGGCAUGACCCGCCAAUCGGUUGCUCCUCUAUUGAAUAUUGGCUCUAUCCAUAUGACAUACAGUUUGAUCUCCGCGCGAGAAAUCGUGCAAGGCUCGUUCAUGAUGGAAACGUGCAGCUCUAUAUCGACGAACAUUGCUGACAUUGAUGACGAUUUCUGUAUCGAAACUGACCACGUCUCUCUGGGCGUCCCUGGUUCACACAUCAUAAUUGGGCCGCUACGUCUUGCCCAGCAUAGCUGCCGCCCUAAUGCUAAGCUCUUUGCCGUUCCUAAUAGCUAUGCGUACGUUCUGCGUGCCCUUGUCGACAUUCCGCGUAGAACGGCUAUAACCGUCAACAAAAGCCUGCCACCCUUCAUCUCUGAUACUUUAGGUUCUACUUGCUGGUGUCCAAGUUGCACCAUGAUGCAGACCGACGACUCCCGGGAUAAUCUGAUACGGUCCUCCGUUUUGCAUCCAGCAUCCAAAGAACGAUCCGCCAAGACAGCCCGCAUGAAGAACGUUCGCCGUAGGCAGGAGAAGCGGCGAGCGAGGGGGCUUCAACAGACGCAGACGCACGGGGAGCCUCGCAACAAACCUGGGCGACCCAAGAAACAACGGGAAAAGAAGAGAAAGGACGACAUCGACGUUGGCGGUUCGGAUCAAAGCGUCUUUGGCCUGGAUACCGGCGAAUCGAGCUCUGACGGCGCAUUGGCCGCCGCUCUCAUGGACGCGUAUGAAAGUCUUGAGGAAGGAGAGAUCUCUUCAUAG